AUGACCACAAAAACUUAUGCUUUCUAUUCAAAUAGUAAGUCUCAGCCACAGCGAGAGACAUGUUUAUGUUCUCCGACCAACCAUCCGGGGUCGUUCAGGUGCAGCCGCCACCGGAACCUCCACAAGGUUCCUAGCCGACGGGUAGCUAGCCGUGGCUCAUUGGAGCUGGCAUUGGUUGCAAAAUCUAACUCGGUGAAGGCGUUUAUGCGAUUGAUGAUAAAGCCGUCGAGCCAUGAUGUUCAAAGGAGGAGGAAUUUCCAGCAAAAGCCCACUAGGUUUUGCUUGUUGAAUGGCAAUGGAAUCGGACUCGCAUUAGUUUCUUGA